AUGGCGGACAAUUAAAAGAAAUAACGAUGCUCAGCGAGGACAAAUGACUAUCGAAUUUACGACGGACAUCAUAUUAUUAUUGCCAGAGCAAUAUAAGUUCAUGAGUCAUAUGCCCACUAAAAAGAAGCACAAACACAAAAGGAAACGGGAGUCCACUGCAAAUGGCGGGCUACCAGAGAGUACAGGAGACACAACAACUGAUGGGACUUCACAUGAAAAGCCAGUCAAACAUAAAAAGACUGGUAAGAAUCCAGAGGAAAGCAAUAAAGACAAAGACAAGAAAAAGAGGAACAAGAAAAAGAAAAGGAAAGGCAAGGAAAAAGAUGAAGACCCUCCAUCGUGAAAAACAACAACAGCAAAUAUAGAUGAUCUCAAGAAUGUUGUGUAUUGGUAUGUGCUGGAUACAACAUGCAUAAUGUUGUACAGAUCAGGAGCUUGGUAUGGACUGACCAAUGCUGAUAAAUGCCUAUGUUUGUUUCAUGAACCUUUAUCUCAUGGGAGUGACACUUGAUGAACACUGUAUCCAGCCUUUUUUGUUUUUUUGGUAACAUGAUAUCUUCAGGUGCAGAAUGAUAAUCAAUACAUGUACAUGUAAUGUAAUAAGAAGUUUUGUUGUUUUCAUUUUUGAUGCUUGAAUGUUUCAUAUACAUAUAUAUAUAUAUAUAACAUCAACAAACAUCAACUAACUAUUCACCUGAACUUUGUGGAGAAAUUUUAUUUGUCAAAUAUCUUGUUUAAUGCUGUUUCUACAAUGGUUACCGAUACUGGAAAAUGGACACAUGCUAGGUUUACAGAUGUUUAUCAUCUCAUUUUGUUCAAGUAUUUUCAAUUUAUCUCAUGCUUCCCAAUAGUUUAUAACUAAAAGAUUAGUUACUAAAAUCAGGUUAUUCUAUGUUUUGGUAAAAUAACAGUGACAAUUGUUGAACUGUUUCACCUUCAAUUGAUGUUAUAUUUUUUAACAAUAUUAUCUCCAAAACUGUUUAGCUUUACCUUUCACAAUGAAAACAAAGUGUGGACAAUUAUUUCAUAAAAUAAUAUGUGUUUGUUUCGUAGAUUAUUAAUUAUAUACUCUCUGGUGAUGAAUAUUUUCAAAUCAAUAUCAAGCCAAGUUAUUAUCAUUUGUGCAUUUUCAUUUUAGGAAAAUGGAAAAGUGCAAUACGAUGAUGAUGAAACCAUAUAGCCUUUAGUUUUGAGUCAUUAUUUUUUGUUUUUUGUUUUGUGAAUAAACAAAUUUCUAAAUCA